AUGGCCCGCUUCAAGAAAAUUUACACUAAAAAGGUUCUGUUAGGGUUGGAUUUUCUGCAUCGACGGGGCAUUGUUCACACUGACUUGCAACCUGUGAAUAUCUUGUUCUCAACUGCGGAAGUCGAUCGAUAUGACGAACUUUUGAAUCCUCCUGUUCUCAUUCCUGUCAAGUGGCUGGAAGGGGUAAUGCAGGAUGAUAGUGCUCCGGAGUAUCUGGUAACACCACAGCGGCAUCAGGCGCGAUUGGAUAACAUCGAGACGUCUGAGAUAUUGGUAAAGAUUGGUGAUUUGGGUGGAGCAUUACGAAGUGACCAGUUUGACCAGAAACCAGUGACCCCAGUAGCCUUACGGGCUCCUGAGCUAAUCGACAUGAAGCCUUGCGAUGAGAAAAUUGAUGUUUGGACUUUGGGCUGCCUGAUAUUCGAACUAGCAACACACCAGCUCUUGUUCGAGGCCAUGCCUUUCUUCUGCGCCAAGGAAAAGACUGAUGAAGUAUACCGCGAUGAAAUCGAACAUGUGCUUGGUAGUGACUUUAUAAAGCACUUGAGGGAUAGGUUACCGCCUGACUUUGGUUAUGAGAAUGUCCAGAGUCUGGCUUCGUUCCUUCUUUUGAUGUUGCAGUGGGAUCCUCAGAAGAGGUUGUCGAUUACUAAGUUGCUGCGACACUUUUUAUUGACCGGGGGAGAGUCGAGUUGAGCUGUUAGACGGUAGUAUUGAUGCAAUAGGUACAUUAGAUAGGACAACAAGCAACGAGUUUUGGCCGAUCUCCCCACAUACUUCCCCGAUUCUUUGCGAUGUCUCUUCCGGUCCUCACAAUAUUUGACCCCAUUGCCUAGACAAAUCUACUAUUAAACACUAGAAAACAACAGAGAGAAGAAGACAAAAAAAAAAAAAAAAGAAAAA